CACACACACACGAAGAAAGGCACCGGAAUCCUGUGACAGGAAGUUUAAGUGUAUUAUUGUUUAUUUCAGUGUGUUGUCAGAUGUAGUUAACAGCCUUCACUGAUCAGAGAAACGGUUGGUGCAGAGCUUUCUGUCACCAUGGCGGAACCCACAGCCUCUGCAGUGUUCUGCAACAGGAUGCUGAGCAUGGUGAACUCCGAAGAUGUGAACGCAAUAAUUCAGGCUCAGAGACACAUGCUGGACCGCUUUGAGAAAACCAAUGAGAUGCUGAUCAACUUUAACGGACUGUCAAAUGUGAGGCUGCAGCAGAUGAAUGAGCGUUUCUUGCUUCACACUCGCACCCUGGUGGACAUGAAGAAAGACCUGGACAGCAUCUUCAGGAGGAUCAGGACACUAAAAGGGAAGAUUGCAAAGCAAUACCCAGAAGCCUUUAGCAACAUACAUGAGUCGCCCAUCUUGGAGGACGAAGAUGAGGAAUUUGACCCGAUGCUUCCCAGCGUUGCUACGACAACCACCACAGCCACAUCAGAGCAGAGCACAGAAUCCUGCGACACAAGCCCCGAUGUGAUCUCGCCCACCGUCAGUAGAUGCUCUGAAGAUCUGUCGCAGGAGCGAGCAGACACGCCGACCUCUGACGUCCUGGAGACGGCCGUGCUGCGUGAUGAGGGGCCCGAUUCUGUGGCUGCGGAGUAGAACGAAAGGUUUUCACUUCAAACAGAGAGUCAGCCAUAAACCUGCUUCGGCUGCAGGUACUUGUGCGUUCGUGUGAUCGUCAGCUUCUGUCAGACUCCAUACUGGAUGUUAGAAGCAACUCUGAGGAAUUGGAGUUUUUUUUUUUUGGCAUGCUUACACAUCUCGGUUACAAAAUCUUACCAAAGAAAUACUUGAAGUCAUAGAGUAUGUCAGUGUAGAUAGAUAUAUCAGUCGUAAGAGUGAAUUUGUUUUUAUUGUUUAAUCUUGAUUUUGUUUGAAAAGACACAAGACUAACUGAAGAAAAAGUUAUAUUAAUGGAAUUGUUAUUAAAAUGCACAAUGUUCCUCUCACCCUAAUUAUAAGAAAAUGAGUUUCAAUAAAUAACUGCCUGUCUCAUUUAAAGUUA